AUGAUGGGGAGCCACUACACCUUUGGAAUUGCCAUAUUUGCUGCUAUCGGUACCUUCUUAUUUGGUUUCGAUACUGGUAUUGCCACAACAACCAUUGCUCAUGAGAGUUGGAUCGACUAUAUGGACCAUCCAUCGACGGGGCUUACGGGGGCUGUCGUCGCUGUCUAUAUUGCGGGAGAGGCUGUUGGAGCUCUAGUGCAGACGGCAUUGGGUGACCAGCUUGGACGAAUUCGUUUUAUGCAGUUGCUAUGCAUUAUAGUCACUGUUGGUGCUGUGGUACAAACUGCUUCUGUCAACAUUGGCAUGUUCCUUGCUGGCCGGUUCCUCGCUGGAAUGGCUGUAGGCGGAUUGGUCUCGACGGUUCCAGUCUAUCUUAGCGAAAUAUCCUCUCCGAAACAUCGUGGCCUUAUUGGCGGUAUCUCCGGAUGCGGUAUCACUUUUGGUAUUAUGGCCAGUAAUUGGAUCGGCUUCGCAUGCUCCUACGCUCCGUACGGUGCUUUGCAAUGGCGGCUUCCGCUCGGGAUCCAAAUUCCAUGGGGCAUCAUUUUGUUCGCCGGACUAGCUACCUUCAUGCCAAACUCGCCACGUCAGCUCAUAUGGAAGGGCAAAGUGGAUGAAGCGAGGCGAGAGUUUAUUAAGAUUCGCCGCGAUCUUCAGUCACACGAGAUACAAGAGGAAUUUGCUCUCAUGCGUUCGCAGAUUGAAUUCGAAUUGGAGCGCGAAAUCAAAACGUAUCGAGAGACAUUCAAGCUCUUCCGCCAUCGCGCUUUAGUAUCUAUCGCUGUCCAGACAUUUACCAGCCUUACGGGCGUGAAUGUGAUCCAGUACUACCAGACCAUUCUUUAUAAAUCUCUCGGCAUGAGUCCGAAGACGAUUCUCGUCUUGGCCGGCGUUUAUGGCACAAUCUCUUUUCUGAUCAACGCUGUGACAACCAAGUAUCUCACUGACCAAUGGGGUCGCCGGAAGAUGCUUUUGACAGGAAUGGCAGGGAUAAUCGUCAUCGAGAUAUAUGCUGCAAUUAUGCAAAAAGAGUUCCAGAACUCGAAUAACAGGGUUGGAAAGGGCUUUGCUGUGUUGGGAAUCUAUUUGUUCUGUCUCACCUACUACGGUAUGCUAGGGAGCACGACCUGGUUGUACGGUGCCGAGGUUCUCCCCAUGUCACUUCGAAGCAAAGUCAUGGGUAUUGCCUCGGCUUCUCACUUCAUUGUGAAUGUCGGCAUCACCGAGGCCGGCCCAAGCGCAUUUGCUAACAUUCGUGAAAACUAUUACUAUGUUUUUGUUGGUUGUACGGCUUUCUUCCUAGUCGUAGCAUACUUCUACUUUCCCGAGACAAAGGGCAAGACAUUGGAGGAGAUUGCUGCAGCUUUUGGUGACAAAGUUGUUCUGGUCGAGGAUGCCGUCCUUGCCCAGGAACAAGUUGCAAUUGAGGAGAAGUUGAAGCCAAGCCUGGAGCUCGUGGAGAGUCGUCAAGAGACUGCAUAA